CAUAGCGACACCGUGUCUAGGUUAUUUUAACAAGUUUUAAAGAAAUACAUGCAUUAGAAUUACUAGAAAUAAUAAUAAAAUAUAGUUUUUGAAGUAAAAAAGUGUAUUACAAUGGUUUUACAUUAGUUUUUGUGGAUAUGGUGUAUUAAUUUUUUAUCUGUAUUUCGCCGGUUGCAGACUAAAGGUUAAGAUGUGGACGGUAUGCCUGCCAGGAUGGGCAGCGGCCGUGGUGGCGGGUGCCCUACUGCUGUACGGGAGCAUAGACGUUGCCUAUUUCGCGAGGAUGAUGUACACUGUCGCUAAGGCACGGUACUUCAAGAAGAAAGUAUGUAUCAUGGAUACUACGGAGGUGGAAGCAUGGUGUCUAGUAAAUGACAUCGACACGCUCCUCUACCACAUGAACAACGCCCGCUACCUUCGGGAGCUGGACUUCGCAAGAGCUGACUUCUAUGAAAGGACGGGCCUCUACGCCAACAUCAAGGCAGCAGGCGGCGCCGUGGUGCAGGCUGCUUGCACCAUCAGAUACAGGCGGUUUCUAAAACCGUUCACCAAGUUUAUUAUUACUUCUAAGGCAAUAUUUUGGGACGAUAAGACAGUCUUUAUGGAGCAUGAAUUCAUAGGCCCUGGUGGCUUCGUGCACGCGAUAGCAGUAUGUCGGCAGCGUGUUAUUGACACUUCUGCUGCUGCUAUAGCAGAAUUACUGCUGCAGCUGCAUUGCGGAGGAUCUUGCAAACACCCUCCUGAGAAGAUGCCCCCUGAGUUGGAGCUUUGGGUGCAAUGUAACGAGCUUAGCUCAGCUCGUCUUCGAGCCCCAACUGCUCCACUACCAGUCCUAGACGCUACCCAAAACCUAGGCUGCGGAGAAAUGGUACCAGCAGCAGUUGAGUGAAGCCACCCUUUUCACUAUCCAGCUCAGCAUACACACAAUAAGUGUGAGUGAGACGGCAAUAGGGUAUGCUCGCUCGAUAGUGAAAUUUUUGUCAGAUGUCGCGUUGUCGGCGUGCGGUACGGACGUGUAUUAAACGGAAUUUAAUGUUAAAAGCUCAGCUUUUGAUGUUAAUUUCUUUAAGAAAGUUGGUUCAAGGGACGGAUUAUAUGAAGCUGUGUCCGCAGGAUAAGCAGAGGUGCUUCUGUGUAUUAACAUAAAAUGUACCUAUCUGUAUUUACCUAUAAGUGUUUAAAUGAUAUAAAAAUUUAAACGAAAGCUUUUUAUUGUUUAUGAAGUUUUGAAUAAUUUAAUCAAUGGCAGAUUGAUCUUGUUUUAUUGUGUAUCCGUGUGUGUUUGUUUUUAGAUGUCAUCACAUGUAAUUAAUAUCCAAAAAUGUAAUGGAUCAAAAGUAUUCAAUUGAAUAUGCUUGUUAAUUAUGAACUUUAUUUAUUUGAAUGUGUUUAAUGGAUAUCAUGUUAUAAAAUAUCGUCAAAUUAUGUGAUCUUCUAGCUAAGCUAGGUUAAAAUAAUUAAUAUUAAUAAAGAUGUAAGGUUUAGUUCACAUUGAGUUUAGGUUUAAAGAAAUUAUCCUUGAGGGAUUUCCAAUGAAGUAAGUGAUAUCUAAUGAGAUCUUUUUCUAGAUCUGUUCCUACAAGCGGGUUUCAUUGAUGGGAGCACUUCUUCUAGCCUGUUUGUUGGAAACACGUGUGGAAUUGAUUGAGAAUUGAAUAAGUGGAUCCUAUUUAAUCGAAUGAGAUCCAUAUGCACAAAGUUGCUUAGGAGAAAGAGGAAAAUUUGAGGCCCGCGUACAAUUUUACCACUGAAAUCGAAAAUGCAUUAAUAUAUUAUGGAUUUUUUAAAUGAUAAGAAAUUGGAUAGUUUUCGUCCUAUGUUACAAUUACAAUAUUAUUCUAUUUACAUGUUCUUGUCACAUAAGUCAAGUUUAUCAUUUUGAUGUACUGAAAUUAAUUACAAAUUAGUUCUCGUUGUCAGAUUUCUUGGUAUUUCUAAAAAUAGAAUGUCGAUUAUUAAGCAUAAUAUUAUAUACUCGGUCUUUAUUGAGAUUACGACAUUAUACCUCUAAGCAUAAACUUCAUAAUAUCUCUUUGUUUAAGAAGUGAGAUCUAAGCGUUCCUGAAUUCCUCCUAAAAAUAAAUAUUAUUUUAAAGUCUAUAAUGGCUUGAAUUAUAAGACUAUGCUUCGAAUAGGGAGAUAUACACUUUCUAUUGAAUUAUCAUAACUGGUGUUAAGGGUUGUCUGCUUACCCUCUCUUUAGAAGGCGUGUCGUAAGUACCUGAUUUUAGACUCAAUGUGAAUUAAUCCUUGAAAAAUCUUCACUAUAU